AUGUCCUCGACGGAGAACAACAACCUGUCCGUUCUACCGCCCAUCCUCACCGAUGGAACGGUCAAACCGAAUCCGAAAGAUCGCCUAUCUACCUACUCCAACCUGUCUCUUGCGUCACAAAACCGCUCGCGCCCAGGCUCUCACGUCUUCCCAAUCUUCCACACCAGUCUUCCGUACGCCCUCGUCCGAGACUUCGCCUACCCCUCCACUCACCCCCUACACUAUGGACCUCCUCCGCCUCGGGCCUCGGGCGUCUCCACCCCAGCAAGUGAACACCGGCGCCUCUCCGAUCCACCCCCCUCGUGGGACACGCGCGGGUCCUGGGCAUUCCAAUCCGGCUCGGAGCCCAGUCAUGCUAAUGUUCAACAAUUGCCUGCGAUGUCCUUCGGGGAUGGACCUCCAUAUAGCGAGGAUGAGGACUUGCAUAGCCCGGUAGUCACUUCACGACAUCGCAAGAAAUCAUCCGAUAUGAAUGGCCUUGUAGACGAGAGAGUCAUGUCCGGAACGGGGAAUGAUCGGGGAAUGCUCGUCGGUAUCAAUGCCGAUGGCAGUGAAACUUACUAUGUAAACGAGGGAGAUACCGUCGAUGAUGGCCCCGGUGGGGAAUAUGUCACAUACCCCGCGAAUGAAGGGCGGUAUUCUAUCAUGGGUUACAGUGGCCCUGGUGGCCAGGGCUUUGAUACCGAUCCGGGCUUCGAGUCGGAGGAUGAGAUCCCCGGUGUGAACCGAUACUCAAGGGACUAUCAGUUCGCCGUGGGCUGUCCAGAUGAAGAGAUGCAUGGAAAAGCCGUUGCUCUCUUCGACUUUACACGGGAACAUGAGAACGAACUCCCUCUUACCGAAGGCCAGGUAAUUUACGUCUCAUACCGACACGGCCAGGGCUGGCUCGUCGCAGAAGAUCCCAAAACAGGCGAGAACGGCCUCGUCCCAGAGGAAUUCGUUCGCCUCCUGCGAGAUAUUGAAGGAGGCCUCACUUCGCUCAAUGAUGAUCCCAACCCAGACACCACUGGAACGGCAGACGUGAGCUUAGACUCUAAUGAGUCUGACCAACUACCCACGCCCACUCAGACGGAGCGCCCUUCGUUCAAUGGAGAAUCGAGCAAACCGACAAAUGGCGCCUCCAAAUCUACAUCAGAUCCCGAAGCCGAGUCCAAACCCAUAAAAACCUGA